ACACAGAAGUGAGGUUAUGUUAAUAACUAUGUUUGUGUUAAUAACUUAUGUUCAAACUUGUACAGUGAUUACUGUAAAAUAUCAAGUGUUUGGAAACAAUUGUGAAAUUGUCUUUAUUUAAACAAACUCUACUUUCUAACAAAAAGUACCGUACUGAAUUUAUUCAACCAAAGGAAAAGUGCAACAGUAAAACAGUUGCUUUUUAAUUCCAUUCAAACAGCCACCACAUUUAUUAUGAAUUUGUCAUUUCGUCAUCAAUAUUAAUGACAAAUCACAGAAACAAUCAACAAAAUUCAACAUGUUUAAUAAUAAUUAUGAUUUAGUGUCAGUCAUGCAAAAAGUAUACAAUAACUUAUAGAUACACAAACACAGUAAAUUUUAUCUAUAACUAGCUGGCCCAGCAAACUUUGUAACUUGGAUGGAGGAGCAAGACGGCUGCUGGUUGUGAUGUUUCAGUGGGUGGUCUUUGUAAAUUAUCUAUUGGUAAAAACGAUCCAGCAAUCAUGUGUGAAGCAUUUUGUGCUGAUAAGUGGUUUCAUACCACAUGUGUAAAAAUAUCAUCAUCAGACAUGAAGAAAAUUGAAGAAUUGGGGGAACAUUCAAGGUGGUAUUGCUCGACUUUAGGUUAGGACAGUGUCAUGAUUCUAACUUGAAAUCAGAAGAUGUUUUCAACAUUGCUAUUAAUGUUAACAAAAUACUAAACAAACUAAAUGUAAUGGAUUUUGAAAAUGAAAAAAUUCGUGAUCAAUUGGAAAUUGUUUUGGAAGAACAGUUCAAAAAUUCUCAAGUGUGUUCAAGUAAUACAUGUAAUAAAUCCAUGCAAGAUAAAUUUGAUGCUCAAGUUAACACAAUUUCUGACUAUGAACUAAAUAGCUCGAAUACAAUUAUUAGUUCUAUAAGUGACGUGAAUGUAAUUGAUGUACCAUCCAAUACUGUUCAAAAGGUUACAAAAACUAACUCAUCUUCAAAACAAGUGGCAGAUAUUCUCAAGAUAUGGAUUCGGAAAAAUAUGUGACAACUCUUGAUGCAGCAGCUCUAAGCCAUGCCAGAGAAUUCCUGAAUGAAAAUGAAGAAAGUCGGGAUGUAGCAAUUGCUGCUAUCAGAAAGUGGCUAUCGGAUCAGAAGCACCUGAACGCUAGAACAGAUUCCUUAAACUUGGUUAGAUUUUUAAGAGGAGGCAAAUUCAACUUUGACCGAACAAUAGGAAAGAUAGAAUCUUUUUACAUGUUGCGACAAAAGACACCAGAAUGGUAUGAGAAUAGAGACCCAAUGUUGCCCGAACUUCAAGAUCUGUUGAAUUUAGGAGUUUUCUUGCCGAUUCCCAAAAGAGAUGCUGAAGGACGAGUAGUUAUCCUGAUUCGAGCAGCUGUACAUAAACCGAAAGUACAUAAGCAGAACGAUGUUUUCAAGCUGGGCAAUAUGACUUUGGAGUAUGAAGUCGAAAAUGACGAGUCAAUAUCAGUGUAUGGUGUUGUUGCAAUCAUAGACUUGAAUGGAGUUACUUUGGGCCAUGCCCGGCAGAUGACACCGAGUAUUAUCAAAAAAGCUGUACACUCAUGGCAGGACUGUUACCCAUUACGCAUCAAAGGCUUACAUUUCAUCAAUGCUCCAACUCAUGUUAAUGUUGUACUGAGCAUAUUCAAACAAUUUAUGACUGCAAAACUCAAAAGCAGGGUACAAGUCCAUGGUUUCAAUCUAGACAGUUUUCACCAAAAGGUUUCUCCUGACAUUCUACCAAAGGAAUAUGGUGGUACCAAUGGAGAGCUCCAGGAAUUGAUUGAUCACUGGAAAACCAAAGUAACAGAGGCCCGACUAUGGUUUUUAGAAAACAAAUAGAAUAGUUUGCAUUUGGAAACCAGAUAUGACUAUUAUAUUGUAAGUAGCCUAUAGCCUCUAUCUCCGCAAACGGAGGUAGUGCUAUAGUCCACCCUUCACGAGCAAAGCCAUGGAUUGCAAGCAAUUGUGAGAUUCACUUAAAACUGUCAUUCCUCAUAAAUAAAAUCAAUGCUCCUGUUUUAAACAAUGUGAAAGUUCAAAGUAAAUCUGUCGAUGUAAUGCAAUCCAUGGCUCAUCUUGAUGCAAUUUUUCUUGCUUUUAGUCUGUGAUUUUUAAUGUUUUAUGUACAAUUAUAUAAAUUUUAAAUAAAGAUAAAUUUUUAUUUUUUACGCA